UGAUUUUCGACUGAUAAUCGAAAAUGACCGGGGUGUAAAUGUCAUUUUUACUAAAAAUAUUUAUAUUUACAAGUUAUAUUUCAUAUUAGUUUAUAAAAUUUUGUUCAUUUAAAAUGGCAACCAAAGUAGCUAUAGUCACAGGUGGAAACAGAGGGUUAGGUUUUGAAAUUGUUAAAGGAUUAUGUCAAAAGUUCGACGGUGUUGUGUACCUCACAGCUAGAAACGAAGAAAGAGGUCAAAAAGCAGUUCAGGAUCUAGAACGAAUUGGUUUGCGACCGCAUUUCCAUAUUUUGGACGUUACAAGUGAUGAAUCCGUUGAACAGUUUGCUUCCUUUAUAAAAUCACAGCACGAGGGCAUUGAUGUUUUCGUAAACAACGCGGGUAUACUUGAUUUUGAUAAAGCUGUUUCUUCCUUCGAUGAUGCCAAAAAACUUCUCGAUACAAAUUUUUACAGCCUGCUAAGGAUAACGAAAUUUUUAUUUCCUCUUUUGACACAUACAGCUCGGAUUAUUAAUAUCAGUAGUGACUGGGGUCUCUUAUCAAACAUCAGGAAACAGAAUUGGCUGGAUACAUUGAUAAAAGAUGAUUUAACUGUUGAUGAGAUUUUACAAUUUGUGGAUGAAUUUUUGCAAGCUGUAAAGAAUGGUAAAAAUGGAUUUCUUUCUUUCGCUGGCCACUAUAGUGAUUAUAAGGUUUCUAAAGUAGCCUUGUCAGCUCUGACUUUUGUACAGCAAAGGGAAUUUAUCACGCAGGGUAAAGAUGUAUCUGUCAACUGUGUCCAUCCGGGUUUUGUAAAAACCGACAUGACUAAGGGCAUGGGAGAUUUUUCUCCUGAACGUGGUGCUAGAGCUCCUUUGUACUUAGCGUUAGAAGCUCCACAAUCCCUUAAGGGAACCUUCAUUUGGCAUGAUUGUCAUCAAGUCAACUGGGAUGAUUGAAUAUAUGUUACUUAUUAUUGUUUCAAUCCUGUGAUAAUAUUUAGUGUCACAACACUUUAAAAUUAAUAAUAUAUGUUUUUUUUUAGUUUAAA